AUGAACCUUUCAACACAAGCACAAAACAAUCCUCAAGUUGUAUUAGAUGAUCAAACAACUCGACAAGUUCUUAAUCCAAUUACGCAAAACAUCAUAUUGCAAAUCCCACCUACUGACAAGCAAUUGACAAUUAUGUUGAAUCUUAAAUUCGAGAAUUAA